GGUGGGCGAGAUUGCGCCUCAAGUGUUACAUCCACCCACUGUUGACUAGACGGGGCGUGCUGUCUGUCCUGUAUAUAAGCGAGACACUCUCGGCCCCAGCGCCAGGGUUAAUAACGAGGCAGUUGGGAAGAGAAUACAAGUUGUCAAGCUCGAAUUUGUCGUGCGUUGUUGUUUGCCGGCUCGUAAGAACCCGUCGCAAGUCGAAGCAACGGACGUUGAAGAGGCGUAACGUGAAUCUCCAUCUUCAACUCCUGCCGCCGCGAGUCGUAAGAAAUGGCUGCCAUACGCGUGCACGCGCUGCUGGGGCUGCUGGCGCUACUGGCGGCGUCGGCGCGCUGCUGGGACGGAGCUGCGGGUCUCCAGGCGGGGCUGGCGUCUCGCCAGUCCCUGUUGGACCUCGUCCUCGCCGCGCUGGAGGAGCUCGAGCGAGGCGGCGGGACACGCCACUCCUCCUCGCCCCUCGCAUUCCCCUCCUCCGAGGACCUCGCGGGGAACGCGGCCGAGAUGUCACGCAUCCCGUCCGAGAUAUUCUUCCCCAUAGCGAUCGAUACCCGUGACCCGAGUCUGAAAGAGAAAUUCAUCAAACACGUCACCAAUAAGAGUUCCAUGUACAUGUCACCGGAAUGCAGUCGGCAGUUCUACCGACUCUACCACAACACCCGCGACUGCACGGUCCGCUCUUACUACCGGAGGUGCGCACGCCUCCUCAGAAGACUCACCAUGAGUCCGCUCUGCACCAAGAGUUAGGAGCCCUGCCGGAGGCAAGGGAGCGGGUGGCAGCGCUGUGUGUGCACCAUAACAUGAAGUGCCUUCACGUUAUCCGACUUAUUCUGCAUGGACGUCUGUAACCCAUCGUGCGCCGCUUGAAACACAAACACUGAAAAGCGGACAAAGGGUGAGAAGAAGGCCAUGCUUUGCUAGAGGGGGAGGGGGGCAAUGAGGGGGAGGGGGCCCAUUAGGAGACCCAUUUCACGUAGGGAAAGCGCCUGGGAGAGAUGGCUGAGUGGUAGGGCGAGCGGUUCGUGCUUGGAAGGCUGUGGGGGUCGACUCAGCCCGUCAUCCCUGCGGGGUCAAUAUAUAUUAAAAAUGGGUGGCAUUUUUGGAAGAACUCGACAGUGGUUUACUUCUGGAGAGACUCGCUCUCGCCGUACGAACGUGGAAUUUCCACCGCUGGCUCGGGGGGAGGGGGGGGGGGUGUAAACAGGAAGAGAGUGGUACUCUCUUUGAGAGUGCACGGGAUUACCCAGACUCUCGCUCUACCCCGAGUAGCUAACGAGAGGGACGACCCUGCCACCAGCCCUGCCCCCUGAGCCGUAUCCCCUUUAUCGAUCUCACCCCUGGUGCUAAAGCCCCUUUUUUCACGUUUUGUUCGCUCUUCAGUUUUUAGUGCACUCACCCACACCUUAACUCGAGUCAGCAUUUUGCACCUCACCACGCACACAUUCCUACAGCUUUAAAUGGGGUUCUGAGACCAUGGCUUUUUGAAAACAGUGGCAUUUGGCUGAAAAAAAAUUGCAUCCCGUCCGAUGAAAUGCAAUGGCAGCAUUAUUAUGAAAAAAAAACUUUCUUCUGCUGUAUAUUAGCUGCAAAGUUGUUGUGGAUAAGUGCAAUUUUACGAAAAAAUAUAUAAUAGGCCAAGUUCGCAUAUACGGAACAAAAACUGCCUAUAUUUUAUUGUUAAUUUAAUUGAAUGGUGGUUAUCUUAAAUUAUGUCAAAGCUAUUUUUUUCACAAAUGUCAUCGUGCAUAGUAUAAUUUUGAAUAAUUUAUGCAAUGCAUCAUCUGCAAUCAAGUGAAUAUUCAGUGAGGGAAAAUGUUAUAUUUGUACUAAGUUAUUGGCUGUGUGAAUGUAAGAUAUUGUAUUUUAACAUUUCAAAAUAAACAUUACAAUUUU